AUGCGAGCGCGGAUGCAAGUAGAAGAAGCCUUGGAGGAAGCCCGGUUAGGCCGGGGAACUCAUGAUCCAUCAUUGCCUAACGCUAACCAAGCGCCCUCUAAUGACUCUGGGACUGACCCUUUGCGACCCGCAUUACUGCUUGGUGGGGUAGCCCUGUCCAGCACAUCGGCUAUGGUCAACACAGUUCCCCAGAUGCUACGACAGCCCAGUUUUGUGCUCGGACAAUCUGGCUCCAAUCUCAUGCCCGAAGUCGCCCCCUCACACGGCUCUCACAAUCAGUACUAUGCCUCCCAUCCGGGGUCCAAUGCCCACCAGAUCCAGGAUUUAGACUCAGCUCGGAUGAUGUAUAACCAUGCCCGGGCUCAGCUGUCGAACCCGGCUGGAUCUUUGACAGGAUCACCAUCAUCAUCGUCCUCCACUAUCAACCCACUCGCCUCGAACGUGUUUUCUUAUGUCGAACGUUUCACCCAUCAACGUCUCCCACACGACGUCCACAGCCCUACUAUCCCCGGCGAAAUCUAG